AACCCCCAAGAGGAAGACCGGGGAGAUGGGCUCUCCAGACACCACUGUAAAUGAACAGCCUGAAGCCAGAUCCCCAAUCCAUACCAGGUUGCGGCUACGCAGGGCUCAAUUAAAGGAGGGAGAAAGAGGAGAAGGGCAAUGGUCUUCACAAUUGUACCCCUUGAGAAUUGUAGGGGGGCAGGUCCAGUAUUGGCCUUUCUCUGCCUCUGAUUUGUAUAAUUGGAAAACUCAUAACCCUCCUUUCUCCCAAGACCCCCAAGCAUUAACAGGUCUCAUCGAGUCCAUCUUGUUGACGCACCAGCCGACUUGGGAUGAUUGUCAGCAGCUGUUAUGGACUCUACUGACCACAGAAGAAGUCCAACUGGUGCUGAUGGAGGCCAGAAAGAAUGUCCUUCGGGCUGAUGGGCAGCCCACCCAACUUCCAAACGAAAUUGAUGAAGUGUUCCCCCUUGUCCGACCUAAUUGGGACUUCAACACUCCAAAUGGUAGGGAGCGUCUCCGUCUUUAUCGCCAGACUCUGUUGGCAGGUCUCAAGGGUGCCGGAAGGCGACCCACUAAUUUGGCUAAGGUAAGAGCAGUUCUACAGGGAGCUGGGGAGACUCCCGCGGGAUUCUUAGAAAGACUAAUGGAAGCAUACCGCAUGUAUACACCGUUUGAUCCGGCAAGUGAAGAUAGGCAGGGGGAAGUGAUUAUGGCUUUCAUAGGACAGUCGGCACCAGACAUUCGAAAUAAGUUACAAAGACUAGAAGGAUUGCAGAAUUAUAGCUUGCAGGACUUAGUAAAAGAGGCAGAUAAAAUUUUCAAUAAAGAGAGAGAAGAGAGACUAAGAAAGAUGCAGGAAAAAAGAGAGGAUAAGAGAGAUAAGCGACGGAAUAAAGAACUGAGCCGUAUCUUGGCCACUGUAGUUCAUAACAAGCAAAUAACAUCCCAGGGAACUGAGAUAGGGAGACAGUUUAAGGAACAGGGAGGUGAGCGGCGAAACCGUUUAGGGAAAGAUCAAUGUGCUUACUGUAAAGAAAACGGCCAUUGGGCAAAGGAUUGUCCCAACAAUCCUAGAAACAAGAAAAGGCAGACCUCAGUUUUGACUUUAGAAGACUAGGCCAGUCGGGGCCAGGAGCCUCCCCCUGAGCCCAGGCUAACUCUGUCUGUGGGAGGCAAGCCCACCACGUUUCUAGUAGACACCGGGGCUCAACAUUCAGUUUUGACAACUACUGAUGGACCUAUGAGCCAGAAGACCUCGUGGGUACAGGGAGCCACAGGAGGACGCGCGUACCGGUGGACGACUGAUCGGCGGGUCGACUUAGCUACAGACUGAGCCCGGCGAGCCAACCUUUAUUUGCUUUUGAAUGGAGAGAUCCGGAACAUGGAGUAAGUAGGCAACUGACUUGGACUCGAUUGCCACAAGGCUUCAAAAAUUCCCCCACCAUCUUUGAUGAGGCCCUACAUCAAGACUUGGUGGCAUUCAGAUUAAAUAACCCCAAUCUGACUCUCCUCCAAUAUGUAGAUGAUCUCUUGCUGGCAGCACCUACCAGAGAGGCCUGC